AUGGGCGUCGCAAACAUUCCUUUGGACAAAGCCUAUCUCACUGCUAUCUGGCUGGAAACCCUCUUUUAUGGCGAGUUGUCCAUAUUCAUGGCAACGCGAGUGCUCAUUUUUUUCUGUCGUCCAGGCAUCAAUACCUUUCUUUUCUUCUCGUAUCUAUGGAUUGCGAGAUACAGGCAGAAGCCCGGAGCUGUCAACAUGGUGGUCUUGUGCACGGCAGUAGCCAUGUUCUGCUUCUCGACAGUCCACGUGUCCUUGGGUUUUUACCGUCUGGUUGAAGGCUUCAUAUAUCGUCGCGAUCUACCAGGAGGACCCGGAGCAUUCUUCUCUGAUGUUUCGAUACCCGCAAACGUUGCAAAAGUUUGCAUACAUACCAUAAAUUCCAUACUGGGCGACAGCAUUGUCGUCUGGAGAUGCUAUCACGUAUGGGGUAGAGACUGGAUCGUUUGCAUUCUUCCUAUCCUUCUGAUCAUAGCUUCGGCUGUCUGUGGCUUUGGCCAGACAGUUAUCUUUGCGCAGGCAAAGACGACGCACAGCGCCUUUGGUCCGAAUUUGCAAAGGUGGAACGGGUCUCUUUUUUCACUGUCGCUCGUGACCAACGUUGUCGCGACAUCGCUAAUUGCCUUUAGAAUAUGGCAUCUCGGAAGACAGCUUACUUUUCCGUCUUCCUUCAGAUACCUCAGAGUGCUCACACUCGUCGUCGAGUCGGGUGCGAUCUACUCGUCAGCACUGAUCAUCGAGAUCACUUUAUACUUUUUAAAUACCAACGCCUUUUAUAUCAUAUACGACCCUAUAGCUCAGUUGACGGCUAUAGUGCCUACGAUGAUAAUCGUUAUGACCAGUUUGGGACUAACAUCCAACAACUUAAAUGAGCAGACAAAGUUGUCUGUCGAAACAUCACCGCAUUUUGCGUUGAAGCGCCACCGCGGGGGUAAUACCGCGACUGAUUCUUCCUUUGUUGCAGCCCCCAGGAAUGGAGUGUUGGGGACUAAUAGUGCGUCUGCAGAAUCAGGGCUUGAAAGGAGUUUGUACCUGGAUAUGAAGGGAGAUGAUCCGGUUCUCUACAGUGGUGGGAGCGGUUCCGAUAGUGGGUGA